GCCAUAUUUGUCUGUUCUUCGUCCGUAUUGCUGUGCAAGAGAUUGAGCUAUCUUAAGAGCCCAUAAAGCGCCACAAUGGCAGUGUAAAGGCGUGCGCCAGCAACAUUUGCAGCGGCAAAAACCCGGCAGUGCAGCGGCUAAGUGCACUGGCUAUUUCUUGCAAAAUGGCGUCUCUCCCAGCAACCACCCUCAGCUUUGCUGCCCUCGACAGCAGUACCGGACCCCUCAACUUGACAUCAGGAUCCAGUUUGUUUUCCUACACUCUUUUGUCAUUACCACUGACCAGCAGCCGCCAUGACACUCUCCCAGCUAGCCUUGGAGGACAUGGAGACCCUGUACUCAGGGUCCUUGUUUUUGAUGGCUGACCCCAUGGGGCCCCUUCUGGACCAAGAUGAAGAAGAAGCUUUAUCUCCUUCCUCCUCUUUUGAGGUGAAGGCGCCUGCUUCGCCCUCCCUCUCUUUCUCCUCGUCCUUUGGAUCCUCUACAUCUCCUUAUCAGACCAUGCCGUUUUCUCCAUUCUCCUCCACCUCCCCACCGCCGUCCCCUCCUCUCACUCAUUCCUCCUUCUACCCGGAAGCCAAGGCAGAAUUGGACCUGCUGCCCCUCUCCCUGCUGGGUGACAGUGAUCUGCUCAGUGGGCACGGAGCAGGCGAUGGUAAAGAUGAUUUGGGCAGUAUGGACUGGAUGUCGGAAAAGAUCGACCUGAGUGAUUUUGACCUGGAAUCCCUCAUUGGCUCUUGCUCGUCUGAGGAGUCCACCGGCUCUCCUGAAGAUCUCUUGGCCUCCCUUGAUCCUCAUAUGGAUCUAGAUUCCUUAAAUCCAACCAUCUCAUCUCAGCAUAGCAGCCUAGAAUCAGACAUCCCCUCCCACCCCCUGGAAACCCCUCUUGUGGAUGUUCAGGUGGGGAAAGAGGUGGCUCCUGAUCCAGAUGUGGAUUUGAAGCCUGAGCCUUCAUCCCCUCACCCCUUAUCUCCCCCCUCUCCAGCCUACACCUUGGAGCUGGGGAGUGAAGUCGAUGUUCUGGAUGUUGGGAAGAUAUCCCCAUCCAUUGCCACUACCGUGAUCUCAGAUUCCAGUGAAGUCCUUCAGACCGCCAGUCCCAUUCUGGUCUCUCUUCCCACCACUGCUCACUUUGUAGUUGUUCUUUCGAACAAAGAUGAGCCCCCAGUCAUUUCUCUCCCUGAUCUGUCUAUUAGCACUUCUCACUCAAGCGACUCCGAAAGCGACUCUGGAAUCGAGUCAGCCGUAGGGUCGCCCAGCCGUCAUCCCUCUCUUCCCAGUUCCCCCAGCGCUGGAUCCUCCAGAACCAAACCCUACUGCAAACCAGAGUCUGCCUCUCCCAAGACCCCCAAAGUCAAAUCUGUGUCUGGUGCACCCAAGGUGGUUGAAAAGAAAUUGAAAAAGAUGGAGCAGAACAAGACGGCCGCCACUCGUUAUCGGCAGAAGAAGAGGGUAGAACAGGAGUACCUGAACUCGGAACGAGAAGAGCUGGAGAAGAGAAACAACGAGCUGAGGGAGAAAGCGGAGUCCAUCAGCCGAGAGAUCCAGUAUCUCAAGGACUUGAUGGAAGAAGUUCGUAAACACCACCGUGGGAAGACCGCCUCAGUGGCUUAGAUGACAGAAAGUCUGCUUGGUGAAGAGUUGUGGUUAGUUUCUGCUGUUGUGUUCACAGGCUAUAAGCAAAGUAAACCAUUUUUAGUAUCAGGCAUUCAUUUUAGGAACUCGAAGGCGUGUGUGAAGGUGUCUGAUCCCUGAACAGGGAAUGUUUGAGAGCUUAGAGAAGAGUAUGGAAGUUGCUGAUAUUAGUUAUCAGCAGGGGGCUGGGAGGUAGUUAGGUGAAGCAUCUGUACAUGCGUGUCUCUCAGUCCCCUGUUUGAAUCCUGACCUUAAAGCACCACCUGUGCAAACAGGCAGGUGGUGUGUUUUUCUUUGUAGACUAGGCAUGCAAAACAGGAAUUAAAGUAGAGCUGUAGAUUUUAACUAACACCAUAACAUUUCCACACAUGCUUAGCCUCCAUUUAAAUCCAGACCCAAGAAUGAUAGAAAUUAAUUUGUAAUUUUCUUCUAUCUUGAUGUUGCAGACUCCUUUAUUUUUUUUUUAACCUGUUAUAACCCCAGUUUCAUCUUCCUCUUGACCGCUUCAAGUCCAGAAAGGGGCCUAAUCAUGUUUAAAAUGUUGGUCAACAUGAAUUUUUGUUGUAAAUAGUUUUUUCUUUUCUUUUCCAUUACUGGGUUGCUGAUUUUUGACUAUUUAAUGAUAGAUUAAUCUUGAUUUCUUAACUGUAGUUUCCUGACUUUGUGCUUGCUGUUGGCUUGUAUAAUGCAUUGCUUUUUGUUUUCUAAUAAAGAUCUGUCUAUACCA